UUGUCGUCGCCGUAUAUAAGCCAAGCCAACACUCUUCUCCUCUGGUUCUAGGGUUUCCAGUAAGGGGGGUGCAAGCGGCGGCCAGCCUUUUCCUUCGGAAACCCAUCAAGAUGCCGAAGCAGAUUCAUGAGAUUAAGGAUUUUCUCCUCACUGCGAGGAGGAAAGAUGCCCGUUCGGUGAAAAUAAAGAGGAGCAAGGAUGUCGUCAAGUUCAAGGUCCGCUGUUCCAAGUACCUGUACACGCUGUGCGUUUUUGACUCGGAGAAGGCAGACAAGUUGAAGCAAUCUCUUCCUCCAGGUCUGAGCGUCCAAGAAGUAUGAAGUCGAAGAUACCAUCUUGCCGUGCCGAGGAGGUUUCUUAUCAGUUUCUGAUUUUAUUUCUCAUGUUUCCCCAAGUUAAGACUUGAAUUUGUAAUCUUGAAAUCAACUAAUUAUGUACUCUGAAUGUUCCAUCGGCCAUUUUAUUUAAUUUAAUCUGAAAUUUUGGUAUUUGGUUUA